AUGACGUCCGAGGACAAGUACGAGACGCUGGAGAAGAUUGGCCAUGGCUCCUUCGGCGUCAUCCGCAAGGUGCGCCGCAAGGCCGACGGCUUCAUCAUGUGCCGCAAGGAAAUCUCGUACCUCCGCAUGUCCCAAAAGGAGCGCGAGCAGCUGCAUGCCGAGUUCCAGAUCCUCUCGCACCUCCGACACCCCAACAUCGUCGCCUACUACCACCGCGAGCAUCUCAAACUCAGCCAGGACCUGCAUCUUUACAUGGAGUAUUGCGGCAACGGCGAUCUCGGUCGAGUCAUAAAGGACCUGCAGCACAAGGGCCAGCGAGCUCAGGAGAGUUUCGUGUGGAGCAUAUUUAGCCAGUUGGUCAUGGCGCUGUACCGCUGCCAUUAUGGCGUUGACCCGCCGGACGUGGGCGCAAACGUGCUCGGCCUGACGCAGGGCGGCGCGAGCGGAGCCCCCAAGGCACCGGCCGGGGCAGUGACGAUUCUGCACCGUGAUCUCAAGCCCGAGAAUGUGUUCCUCGGCGAGGACAACUCUGUCAAGCUUGGGGAUUUCGGUCUGUCCAAGAUGAUCAAGUCUCACGACUUUGCCUCGACUUACGUCGGCACACCCUUCUACAUGUCACCCGAGAUUUGCGCCGCCGAAAAGUACACGCUCAAGUCGGAUAUCUGGUCGUUGGGCUGCAUCAUCUACGAGCUGUGCUCGCGUGAGCCACCAUUCAACGCUAAGACGCACUUUCAGCUCGUCCAAAAGAUCAAGGAAGGGAGAGUCGCUCCGCUGCCCGACAUGUACUCACCCGAGCUCAACCAGGUCAUCAAGGACUGCCUCAAGGUCAACCCGGACCGGCGGCCGGACACGGUACAGCUGCUGAACCUGCCGGUCGUCAAGUUGAUGCGCAAGGAGAAGGAGGCGGUCGACCUCAACAAGGCGCUCAAGCUCCGGGAGGAGGCUCUUAAGAAAAGAGAAAAGGAGCUCAGCGAACGUCUUGCCAGCCUUGAUCGCGAAAAGAACGCCGCUCGUGACGAGAUCGAGGCGUCCCUCCGCCGCGAGUGGGAGGUUAAGGCGCGGCUGGAGAUCGACCGUCUGGCCAACGCCGAAAUCGAGCAGCUGCAGAAGCGCUUCGAAGAAGAGGUCAGACAGCGCGUCGAGGUCGAGCUGCAAAAGAAGAAGCCGACCGCUCCCAUUCUUGACGAGAUCCCCGUCGAUGAGUAUGCCUCCUCCGCCGCGAGAUCAGAGCAUCCCUACUCCUCCAUUGGUGCCGCCAGCGGCGACGAGUUCCCGUCGACGACGGACAUCACUGAAUAUUCCCUCGAUAGUCCCGACGCGUCAAAAGAGUCGAAGCGUAGCGCGCGGACGCCAUUUGGCCGGGCGCAGACCAUGUUUGCCGGCGUCGCGGGCACGCCCAUGGACAUCGAGAUGGCAUCGCCUAGCCCCAUCGCGAUAGCCUCGCUGUCGCUGUCGCCGCGCCGCAACGGUGCGACCAAGGCGCCGACAACACACUCUGGCAACAUCUUUGCGGCGCACAACGCCGCCAACGGCAACCCGAAGUGGGAUCUGCACCGCGAGCCGACGUUCCCCGAGUCGGACGACGAAGACAUGAUGAUCCCUUCUCCGACGCGGCACAUCAAGUCGACCAAGAACCCGUUCACGGCCAAGGACCGCCCAGUCCUCACAUCGCAAAAGUCGUGCCCUGCAAACCGCCUUAGAACCAAGACCUCUAACUCUGGUCUAGUUUCUAAGGCGGCUGCCAGCACUGCGGCAUCCACGUCGCAGCCCGAGCCUCGCUCCCGCUCGCCCGUCCGCCCGAUCAGCAAGAUUCCUUCAGUCGCAAACCUGCAGUCCGAGUUGGGGCCCAGCGCGGGCGGCUUGACGCGCAAGAACUCUGUCAAGAAGGACACGGGAGCGGUUAGCGUGGCUGCUGGCGACGCGCUGAACAAGGUGGCGGCCAAGAACAACAUCAAGGGCCGCACCUUGGUGGAGCUGCAGCAGGCACGCGCCGGAGGACGACCGCUCAGCGUCGUCAUUGGGGAGAACGUCAGUCCGAAGAGAGGAGCGGCGUUCCGAGAUCGCAUCGCCGGUGAGAGACGGGCUAGCAGUUCCAGCGGCAGCGGUAACGGCGGCGAGCCGGUCGCCGUCUGGGAUCCGGAGAGAGACGAGAUGCCCAGCCCAUUCCUCGUGCGCCAGCGUCGAAUCGCAAAGACGUAG